AUGGCUGUAACUGUUGAAUAUGUUCCUGAAGAAGAUACUCUGGCAAUUGUUACUAUUAGAGAAACACAAUCGGCAAGUUUACGAACAACAAAUGCUAUAUUAAUAGCGGCAUUACUGAUUUCAUCAUACUUUUUGAAUGUUUUAUUUAUUGUUGCCGUGUUGAUAACAAAAUCUUUCCGUACCACAAUAUAUCUGAUGUAUUGCCAUUUAAGCUUUGUCAAUAUAAUCGAUCUUUCAUUCAACAUAUUUUUCGCAUUGAUAUUUGUGGCCAACGGAAAUUGGAAUUUGAGUAAUGGAUGGUGUACUUUCAAUGUAGCAAUUCAGGAGUUUGUUCAUCUUCACACCUUACUUGUUCUGAUGCUCAUUGGAGCUGAAAGAGCUCUCGGUAUCAUACUGGGCCCAGAAUACGUAACACAUGGGCACAAAUAUCUGAGUGGCUUGCGAAUAACAGGAGUCAGUAUGAUUCUGAGUUGUGUCUCGAUUACUCUCGCUUCUAUUGUUUUCAUGAACGUGAUUCCCACAAAACCAUUUCGCAAUCGUUACGUUUGUGGCAUAGACGGCGGCGGACCUAUUGGUUAUGUGAUUGCUCGUUUAGUUGUUUACUUUGGUUGUCUUGCAGUGAUUCUGGUUGCUAUUGGAGCGAUUCUUCAAAGAAGAACAGCAGCAUCAAUAUCCCCGAACACGCAAGAGUACGCUGAAUUCAUCAAAAGAAACCGAGCAAUGCAAGAACAUCGGAGUCGUGCCAAACUAAUGAUUCUCAUCACAUGUGUCUUCAUAGGUAUAGAGGGCCCGUAUAUCACUUUGUGCUUCUUUUAUGAAACUUACAACAGCCGUGAAUUUUCUGAUGUCAGCAUAGAUCUGCCGCAAGACGCUGACACUUUAAUUACUUGGUUGAAGUUUGUCUUCCCUCUCCUGUGUCCAAUAAUUAUGUUGAGCUGGUGCAAUGAUGUGUGGACAAAAGUGAAAGAAGUCAUGUGUUGCAGAUCCUAUGAUCCACCAACCAUUGGUCAUAUGCCCGGAUUGAGAGAAAAUGCUGAUAUGUCGCCGGUGAUGACUGUAGUCGGUGGAGAAAACGGUUUACGAAUAAAAUCAGAAACUCAAGGCUAUGCACUAAGGCAGAGUUGGAAUCAAACACCCUCCGUGUCCAGUUAUGAGAGUGAGGCUACGAGUUCGGGUACACAUGAAACGAAUUCAACAAUUACUCCUCCACAACAAAGUUCCGCGGCUUCUACAGGCGGAACUACAUAUCCUGCUGAGGUUUUGACACCGAGAGAAUCAGAUACAAAACCAAAAACUCAGAAGAGUGCGCCAUCGAAAAUACCAAGACAAAUUCCUCAGUUUAAAACCAAGAGAAGUACUUCAAGAACUAAGAAAUCAACAGUUGCAAGUCGAAGACCCGCAUAA